AUGGACCGAGCGUAUCAAGAAGAACCUGUAGGUCUUGAAGCUUCAUUGCGUCAAAUGAUCAAUGAUCACAAUCAUGCUUCUGCCAUACUACGUGAACGCACUGAGAAAGCAAAGAAAGAAGCGAUCCAGACUGCCACACGUGUUUCAGAUUUGUUGGUGAAUGCAGUGAAUGAGGGUGUGCAAGAGGUCUUCAUAAACGAGAAGCGAAUUGAAAUGGAAAUUCGAGCAUUGACAGCUAGGCUUAUGCGAUUUAAGAAACAGACUGAUCAGUGGCUCACGGUUUCUCGUGCUAUUAACACUGCUGUCAAGGAAAUUGGAGAUUUUGAGAAUUGGAUGAAGAUAAUGGAGCUUGAUUGUAAAAGCAUUAGUGCUGCAAUCUUCAACAUUCACCAAGAAUGA